AACACAUAUACACCGAUACACGUCUACUAAACUACUAAUAAAUUACAAAAUUAUAUCUUUAUCACUGUAUAUGCUAAUAUAUUUUAUAGCAUAGCAUAACCAUAUAUCCGAUCGAUGAUAAUGCCAUCUGUGGUAAUGCUUAUAGCACUUAUAUUAAUAUAUCUUUAUCAUUUGUAAUUUAUUACGUCAAUCUUUAGUGCUCAUUCAACACCUGCUAGACAACUAACUGACAACGAUGCUUCUCAAAUGUGAAAUUGAAGAACCUCUCUCGGCUGCUCUCUUGGACCUAAUCAUUGCGAAUAAUUUUUUAAUUUAAAUUUAUUAUUUGGACAUCGCUGAGGAUUGCUCGAAUUAACGGAGCCAAAACAUCCGAUUUCUAAUUAUAUGCAGAUUUUAUUAUGCCUGUCACAUACAUCAAGCAACAGUAAAAAUGGAAGGCAAAGAAAAUAAACCAGGAAUUUUAAGUUGUAUUAUAAAGGGUCCUGGUCCAGUUUAUAAAUUACCAACAUUAGUUGGCUACAACGGUCAUGAUCCAUCUCGAUAUAGAAAUCCAGCAUAUAGCAUACGAGCUCGAACUGAUAUAAAGGCAUCUGUGAUAGGGCCUGGUCCUCAUUACAAUGUCAGAAAUUUAACAAAAUCUGGGUCAGAUAAUCCACCUGCUUACACAAUCAGAGGAAGAAAAGCUUGGAUUAUGCCAGAUCAUGUUCCUGGACCCGGAGCAUAUUCUCCCGAGUUGUGUCCACCAAUGAAUCACAAUCGUAGAGUACCAGCUUAUAGUAUCAAGUCACGAGGUGUGACAAAAUUUCUAGAUGAAGGACCCGGACCAAAUUCGUACCUUUUACCGACAUGCAUAGGACCCAAAGUGCCUGAUAAACCUGCUCAGAGUGCAUUUUCUAUCAUUGGUUAUCGUAAGAUACAGAAAGAAAUUUUAAAGAGUCCAGGCCCAGCCACGUAUAUCAAAAUAAAUUAUGAUAUGAUAAAACGACGAAGUCCGGCAUAUAGUCUAAAGGGAAGACACUUUUUAUCAGAAAGAUAUCGCAGUCCUGCACCAGUCUUUUAUCCAUUGUAUGAUACACGAAAACGUUCACCUAUGUAUUCAUUUGGUAUAAAACAUAGUGAAUGCGCCGGAGUACCUAUGACACAGCUAGAUGAGGAUUAAUUUUAUAAUUAAAUAUUGUAUAUAAACAUUUUGUUAUAGUAUUUUUUAUAUUUGCAUAAUAAAUGCGACUAUGCGCAUACAUUACGGUAUAAUAAUAUAAUAGUGUAGCACACACUACUCGACAAAAUCUAGCGAGCAAUAAAAACUGGCUACC